AUGAGUGAAUCCGGCACGGAGAUGGCUCCAAUGUCGGGGCAGGAUGGGGAUGGCAAGGGAGUUGGGAGAGUUGUGUCCAAGAUUAAGAACGCACUCAAGUCGGAUAAACGGGAAGCUGCCGCAUCGGACACACAAAGGCCAUCUUCUCCACGGGCAGACAGCCGGUCAGACACAAAGCAAGAAUCAGCGCCUGUCUCCGCGGUACUCAAACUCAAAAUUUUGGAGGAGCGUGCGAGGAAGCUGGGCGAAAAGUUCGGUCUGGUGAUUGAAUCAUCCGACUUAUCAAUCCCGUAUCCGGACGAAACGGUUCUACGGGUAGACAAACCUAUCCGAAUGCGCGUGCGGCGCACCUGCCACCGGUGCAACACGGCCUUCACAACUGGGAAUGAAUGCAGGAUGUGUCAGCACGUUCGAUGCGAGAGAUGUCCCCGCCACCCGCCCAAGGAAGCCCAAGCUGAAUUGUUGGCCGAUCUUGAGCACUUGGAGGCGGAAGCGAAUGCCAACAAGGAAAACGCCCCAAUUGUGCCAGACUAUUUCUGGGGCGACGAGCGAAUAGAAUUGAAACGGCCAAGCAAAACUGGAGGCCAGGAUUUGGUUCACAGAAAGCCUCGACAGCGUGUGAGGAGGACGUGUCAUGAAUGCCAGACGUUAUUCGCUACUGGUAGUAGAAAGUGCGAGAACUGCAAUCACAUUCGCUGCACUGAUUGCCCACGGGAUCCGCCCAAGAAGGACAAGUACCCAUUCGGCUAUCCCGGCGAUGCGUUUGGAUCAGCUUCUGAUGCACGAUUCGAGUGUAAUGCUUGCGAGGUGCUAUACCCUGUUGGCGCUGAGGACGGCACUCCUUGCACGAUGUGCGGAUUGGUAAAGUCUGCCGAAUCGCCUCGCGCUUUGCCGCGAAAAGUGCAGCCUGCUCCGGAUCUGGAAGUUCUCAGCAGACUACAGGCUAAAUUGGCUGUGUUGGGAGCAAAAGACUCAACCUGA